GUCACUAAUACUUGAUUACACAAACCUUGCACUUUUACUUUAUUUACAAAUUUUAAUUAUUUAGUUCAUGUUAAUUGCUGUAAAAUUUCACAAAUUUAAUUAUUCAAGAUGAACUGCUGUGAGAAUAUUUCUAUGCCGAGUUGUGUUUGGUUUGAGAGUGGAGAAAAACGUAAUAUCUUGGCAUCUAUAUUCGCUGGACUUUUGUUCUUCUCCGGUUGGUGGUUUAUCAUUGAUGCAGCAUCAGUGUACCGCGGCAACCUGCCAGAUGCCGCUCAUGUGUGUGGGGUGAUGGCCACACUCUCGCUGAUCAUGGUCAAUUCAGUAUCUAAUGCUCAGGUGCGCGGCGAGACAUACACAGGGGGCUGCAUGGGGCCCCGCGGGGCGCGGCUGUGGCUGUUCCUCGGGUUCGUGGUCGGAUUCGCCUCACUGAUCGCCUCCUGCUGGAUACUCUUUGCAAAUUACGUCCAUGCCGGCGGCAACAAAGCGUCAUGGCCUGGAGUGAGUUUGUUCCUGCAGAACGCCCUCAUCUUCGCCAGCUCCCUGGUCUACAAGUUUGGUCGCACCGAAGAUCUCUGGGGUUAAUCGCUCCAUUCACAAUCUCCUUAAAAUUCAGUCCAUUCUGUUUACAACAAUGUUUUUUAUACUACAUUAGCAGUAACACUCCUCAUAUACUCCCGAUGCCUCGACUAAUUUAAACGAGUAUCUAAAUUACGACGAUCUGAGCCGAGGUUCGAACUAACGGUGUCCUCAGGCAGCAGUUGGCCUUCAGCCUCUCCAUAAGUCCUUCCGCGGGUGUGUAGUGCCAUCUGCACUCGUCCCCUAUCGUCCGGUGAAGCUGUAAAGCCCAGCUGCGGCCAAAGCAUUAGAGUAAUC